ACGCGAAUCCUUUUGGCUCAGAUCAUCGAUCAAACAAGACAAAGUCAUAUCAAGCUUCUUUUGCUCUUCAAUACAAUGCAUUUCUCCAAAAUUGUCAGCAGUUUCCACCACACCAAAGAAGACGAGUCCACUCCUUCUUCAACCGCGACCUCUCCUACUCCAUCUCUCCACGGAAGUGAGAAGGAUAUGCUUUCCAUCUCUUCAAAGCUCCAACGAUUCCUUCGCGAUCCCAUGCGUAGCGCCAAGACUCCCGAUAUUGUUGGUUCUUACUAUGAUCCCAUGGGCGGUCGACUGGGUCAUUGCGCUUGUCCCGAUCCUACUAAUACUGGUGCUUAAUUAAAAAAAAGAAGCCCUACCUUGUCGCCACUGAUCCAUGUCUUUUUUCUCUAUCUACCGACCGUCUGCCCCCUACGCCUUUUUUUCCCACAAAAUUCGUCGCUUGCAUUCCAUAUCCAUUAUACUAAUUCAUCUUUUUACUACUUAUGAUUAUCCCUCAAAUUAGCAUAUCCUUAUCCUUUACAAUUAAAUAUACUCAUAAUACGCAAAACAAACCAUUAUUAUUAUUAUUAUUUGAUACCUUGGACUGCCUUCUAUGAAUUACCGGAAUUGUGAUAUUAAUUCUCCAAGCCACCACGAUAAAUCAACAUC